AUGCCAACCUAUCGCGGCAUCAACAUCGAUCUCCACUCCCAGUUUGAUAUCAACACGCUACCUGAAUACUAUCCCAAGCCACAGGACUACUAUACCAACCUUGGCAUAUCCGCCACGGUCCCUCGACUAGUGGAAGAAGAAACAUCAACGUGCAGCGUCUACAUCCCAGUGCUCCCAUCUAGCCAAUUCUGGAUCGGCUAUUCUAUCUUACCGCCGGUCCCCGAAGAUCAACACUUUCUCUUUAAGCUUUACAUAAAUAAUGUACACAUUGUGAGCUGGUCGUGCGGCAGAGAAGAGAAGUGGAAAGGGAAGACAAUGUUCGGGCUGUACGAGAGAGGGGAGGGAGAGGACGGCAAAAAGCGCAUUGAAAAGCGAGCCCUUUGCUUUACUGCUGUGGAUCGGCAAGAUGGAGAGUGGAAGGACGUAGUCGACCCCUUCGACCCGGACGCCCGGGUGGAGAUCCAGGUCUUUCGUGCGAGUGGCAGGAAGAGGAUACCAAGGGAGACGAAGGAGUUUGCGAGGAAUACUGGGGCUCAUGGCCGCGGGAUAGAGCUGGUGAAUGCAGGCCGAGCCAGUGGAGACCAUCCCAAGAGAUUCUACAAGUUUGCACUUAUUGAUCCUGUUGAUCGGCCGUUUGUGGCGUUCAGAUUCUUCUACCGGACUUGGGAGCAGAUACGAGACCUGGGGCUGCUGGGCGAGAGCGAUGAGUCUGAGCAGUCUUUGGUUCAACUGGAUGGCCAAAAGGAUGGAAUGGGAAGUUCCCAGAUGUUUGUACCAAUGGAGGGAGAAGUUGAUGUGAAUGAGACUGAUGGCGUUCGCCGAACUCGAAGCAAUGGAGUAACCGAUCCUCUGAAUGUUGGCCAUUAUAUCCCAACUGGCGCCCCAGGUUCGGAUGAUGGUUCGAGGAAGCGACACAGCGGCGCCGGCACUCCACCUCACUUCUACAGUCGUCUGUCGGUUCCGCCGUCUGUGAGACUCUCUCCGCCAAAGCCAUCCGCAAACAUUGCAUGGAUCCCGAGGAAGAGCGAAUCGACUACAUCCACCUCGUACAGGCCUCACCCAGCAUAUCCAGUCGAAGACUGGACUGUAAGGACCCCGAGCCCAGUCAAGUCUAUCAGGGAGGGCAUCUCAACCCCACCAUUGGGAAGGCGGAGGGGUCUCACGGCGUCAGGUCUGAUGAGUGUUGUGAGCAAUGCGCUGAAGAGGCGCGGAACGCCAAGUUCGGAGUACUCCACUGAUGCAGGUAGUCGGAUGGGAUAGGUAUGAGGAUGUGGGAUGUGACGUUGAUUGAGGGGGUCCAGAUGACGUGUAAACAGACACCAUGAGGCAGUUGGAGUGUUACGGGUAGUCCUUGUACUGCAUAAAUUAUUUGUCUCCUAUCACGG